UUAUACAUCAAAACAGAAUAGAUUUUCAAAAUUAAUACCUAACUAUAUAUAUUUUUCUUUAAAAACUACAGUUGGUAUGGAAGGGGAUCAAAUGAAUAAUUCCGAAGUGCAGAAGCCCCUUGUGGAUGAAGUUAUUUACCCAGACAUCGAGCCUGGAAUAAUUAACCGUGCCUUGAUUGAAAGCUCAUAUCUAAAAGAUGUCCAUCGUGGUGAGGGUAGAAGAUUACAUCAAUUGGAGCCUGUUGUGUUGGAAAAAAUUCGAACUUUGCGCUUGGAGUUUAAUAAUAUUUUACGUAUUGAUCACUUAUGGAUAUUACCUAAUCUGACCAAGCUUUGCCUUAAUUGUAACAAAAUAGAGACGAUUGAAAAUAUUGAUAUGUUAACAAACCUUAAAGACUUAAAUCUAAGCUUUAAUUUUAUUGAAAAGAUUGAAAAUCUUGAUACAUUAGUAAAUUUGGAAGUUCUGUCGUUAUUUAACAACAAAAUUGAAGCUAUUGAGAAUAUCGAUAUGUUAAACAAGCUUGUAAUUAUCAGCCUUGGAAAUAAUUUAAUUGAUACUGUUGAAGGUGUGAGUAUAAACCAAAUCCGCAUCAAAUGA